UAUGCCGGGCAGUAUAGUUGUCAAAACGCGUACACAGUUUUUUCACGUUCUUGUUUUACUAAAUAAUUAUAGUUUCCAGUGAAUUUGAACUCUCAAAUAUUCUGCAACUUUUAGAACUGCAUUCUACAUUUUCAGUCCACUAAUUUGCAUAAGCUUGCGUAGCUAUUUGCUGGUAAAAAUGACUUCAACGGAGAACACUUCGAACAAAGCCGCAGACAACGGCAAGAAAUUAAAUGUUGGUAACUUGCCUAGUGAUGUGACUGAGAAAGAGUUGCAAGAGCACUUUAAGGAUUUCACUGUGGAGAAUGUUGAGAUUUUCCAUUACCUGAAGUAUACCAUAGCUUUGUUGUUGUUUAAGGACAAGGAUACGGCAACAAAAGCUCUGAAAGCCAUGGAAGGCUCGAUGUUUCGUAACCGACGUCUCCGAAUGCAUAUUGAAUAUAUUGCAAUCUGGAAUAUAAAGAAAAAUGUUUUCGUUCAUGUGGUUGACGAUAAUGCUACCGAGGAACAGGUCUAUGAGAAGUUUAAAGAUGUUACCGAGAUAACCGGUGUUUUGGUAUUCCAUCCUCUGGCUUACAUUUCCUGUAAAACACAAGAACAAAAAGAGGCUGCCAUAAAGGAGCUCAACACCGAGGAAGUUAAUGUUUAUGAUCUAACGGGACAUGAUCAGAACCAUCACAUUGAGAUAUGGCGAGCAGCAAAAUUGUUUUUCCGAAACCUAACCCGCGUUUCUUUGAUCAAUUUACCAGAAAGCUGGGUUACUAAUCAAGAAGAACUUAAAAAAGCUGUAGAAGGAAGUGGUACGUUGUCGGAAGUGAAAGUUAUCAAUAAUAGUCAUGGAGCUGUAGCACAGCUUUUUUAUGAGAAUGAAGAAACGGCCAGAAAUGCAGCGAUAUCACUCAAUCAGCAAAUUUUCGAAGGAAAACGUGUGCAUGCUCUCCACGUUACUGCUGCGCUUAUUCCAAACUACAAAACUAGUGUGUACCUUACUUCAUUGGAUAAAAUUGUUUCUGAGGAAACUAUUUAUGACUAUUUUGAGCAGUUUGGUGAAAUAGAGUUUGUUAGUCGACGCAAAUGUGCCGAUGAGCACGCAAUAAUCUGUUUCAAAAAUGAAGAUUCCGUUGAGGCGGCUUUGGAAUGUAAACAGCUUCCCGUUCCUAAACCAGAUAGCAAAGAAACUGAGGAGCGAACAAUUUGUGUUAAACGAUACAACGGUCCACUCAUUAUUGACUUGAAGCCAUCUCACGUCAAGAAGUUGCUGGAAGAUGGCGAAGAGUCCAAAAUGCGACCACCACCACUGCCAUUGGCUAAGUUGUGGCCUAUUUAUGUGUCGAAUCUUCCUUAUACUGCCGAUAAACGCGAUAUGAGAGAUUAUUUCUCUAGUGCCGGUGGACACAUCAAAUUUAUCUUCUCACCAAAUAUUCCUGCAUACAAAACAAGCCAAACAUCAAUGGUGAUGGCUGCGUUGAUUUAUUACGCUCGUCGUGAACAAGCUACCGAUGCAAUUAAAACCUUUAAUGGAAAGCACUUUCAAAAUCGAUGUCUUCAUGUUUUUCCAGGACGCAAGGAUACGUAUUUUAAUCCAGAAACUUCGGUUAGAUUAGUACGUUUGACCAUUGGAGUCAGUGAAGAAAAGUUGUUUGAAAAGUUCCGUAAAUUCGGUUUUAUUGAGUGUGUGGUCAAGCGUAAUCGAAACACUGCUCUCAUUGAAUUUCGUGACAAAGAAGUUUGUGACAAAGUACUUCAACUGUCAGAUAAUGAAAAACCAGUUCGCUGUGGUAUUGAACCGCUGACAACUAAAGUCAACCGCAAAAUUUUCAAAGAAAACGAUGAAAAAAUAUCCCUGGCAAUGCAAGAAAUCAUAGACAAAAACCCAGCAGUACUGGAAAACGUACAGUCCAAUAGAUUUAGCGGACCCCCACCACUCAAACGUGGACGAUUCAACGGACCAGAUCAGAAUUUUGGCAACCGCAACGAUUUUGGCUUGAAUAAUGCCAACAAUGAUUUCAGCAAUCCGCAAGUUAUACAGGAUCUCUUACGCUUGGCAUUUAUAUCGGGUAAAAAUCUGGGUGAAGGUCUGGCCAGUGGUAAUAACAAUCCGUUCAAUAAUGCUGACUCUACCAUAUCAAACCUAAACCUGUCGAAUGGAUUCAAUGGCCGCAGUUUUGGCGGCAAUUCCAGUAAUGGUAAUUAUGGAAACAACUCCGGUAAUCGCAAUUUCAGUGGCAAUCAAAACACUUCCCGUAACAAUUUUGGAGGUCAAAACCAGAACAAUCGAAACAACAACAGCGGUGGAAACUUCGGCGGUCAAAAGCGAUUUGAUGGAUCUCAAAACCAACAACAAAACAGAAAUAAUCAAAAUCAAAAUCGUCAAACUGCUGGAAAUACUAACAGGCGCUUCUAAGCCAUUUCGGGUGACGUUUGAACAAUUAACGUUGAGCUGAAGCGACGACUUUGUGGGUAAACUUUAAAUUAUCUAUCUGUUCUAACGAGGCGCAAUCGUGCACAGGCUUCGGUUGAAGUGAACAACAUACUUUAUGAACAUUACAACUGAAAAUGUGACAUGGAGAGGAAAUUUUAUGUCAAUAACGAUUGUACGAUUUGAUUAAAAGAUGAAAAUGAAAAUAAUGACGGAAUAUUUUAUUUUUACGAUUUGAUGGAUUUUAAAUGUUUUUGUUCUUAUGUGUAUGAGAAGGUUAGAAAGUAUACAAAACUGUAUUUUCAAAUAUUAGUAGUUUUAUAAUUAUACCUUAAUCUAAGCUUUGAUUUUAUUCAAUUGCGAGCGAAUCAGCUACACGGAAGUAACAUGAAAUUUAUAAAAUUAUGAUAUUUAAACAUAAAUGGAAAAAAUGCAUAAUGAAAAAUUGAAAUAAAUUAUAACAAUGUACUAGAAAUUUAAUCAUUUUACCAAAUAUAAUUAAACAUUGGAAAAUCUCAUCGGGGUUAGUGACAAAGUUUUGAAACUAUGAAGUAUUGUGUGCUUUUGUAUUCUUCAUGGUACCCCGACGAAUUUGAACGAAAAAAAAAUAUAAACAUUAUCGUAUCUUAUCACAAUAAGAAAGUUUGUCUUUUGCAUCUUGAACAAUUAAAAUACAUGAUAUAGUGGUAUUUCCGCACCAUAAAAUGAGGCUGUCAACUGGAGUAAAAACAUUUUAGCGACUUCCACGAUUGCGAGAAUUUUUGAAGCAUGGAAUCAAAUGAUUAUUUUAUGAGAGGAGGCAGCAACUUUGUGCGACAAAUAGCAGUUAAUAUUUUUCGUUCAUCUUCAAUAGACUAUUUUCAUCGUGUUUGGAUAGAAUAUUAUAAAAAGCUGCAAAGUCUUUACUUUCGUUUUUAUGUUAAAAUUUCACAUCUAUAUAACUCCACCAGAAUACUCCAAAACGGUGCAGUUUGAAUGAUUCCAAGGAGCCAGAUAAACAUGGAUGUUCACUCCAAACACUGUGAGAAUCAACGGUAGCAGAUUUUCCCGAUUUCAACUACAACUGUCACAUCAAGUGUACGUUACACGAGGCAUUACCCGUAAUAUUGACCACACUCACGAUAGUGCAUUUCAUGCAUUUUGCAUUGAUAUCAAUUAAAAUGUGAUUACCAUGUUAAAUCAGAUUUGAUAGCACCAUGUCAAUAUAGUUGUUUCGUGUAAGGGCCACUUCUGACUGCUAAUAAAUUUGGCAAACAGUAUGUUGUAAAAAGUUUGCGUUGGUGAACACGGCAAAGAAUAAUUCAAUAUCGACCGAUGUUGUAACAACUUAUUAUUAAAUAGAAACAUAAUUUUAGUGUGCAUAAUGGUAACUAAUAAAAUAAAUAUAGUGCAAACACAUUUGAAAACUAA